UCAUGGCUUCAAGUUGGUAUCUAGUCCUUGUGGUGGCGUUGUCAUUCUUGGCGACCCUGGUUUCCACUGGUCUGGUGGGUGCUCCACAAGCUACUGAUCCUGGUUCCAAAGACGUUCAGAAUGCUGCCAACUUUGCCCUGGAAAGCUUCAAUUCUCUGUCCAAAAAUGCAGGCCUCUACAAACUAAUAAAAGUGAUAUCUGUAAAAAAACAGGUUGUUGCUGGAAUGAACUACUUUUUGGAAACCAGAAUUGGCGCGACAAAUUGCCAGAAACAUACUCACCAUAAUCUACAGGCCUGUAAAUUGGCACAAGGCGGAAAUGCUGAGACGCAGAUUUGCAGUUUUGAAGUUUAUGGUUCGUUGCAAAAUGUGAUGUCUCUGUCCAAAAGUACCUGUAAAAGAGCAUGAAACCCAACUACAGAGCUAUGAACUAAAUAUUGCU